AUGUCCGACUCUUUCCCUUCAGAAAUCUUGUUGGAAAUUCUUCUCAGAUUGUGCCCCAAGUCUCUCGUGAAAUGCACCUGCGUAUGCAAAUCUUGGAGGGCCCUCAUCACCCAUCAAGGUUUUAUACAUGGUUACCUCUUUCGUUCCCUCCAACUGGAUCAUCGCAACAAUGGAUCCCUUUUUCUUCACCUCUAUCGUCGAGAAAAAGAAGGUGCAGGUAAUUGCUUUGAGGAAUUUUACGCCGUUUAUUUAGAUAACGAACAAGUCGAUCGCCUAUCGAUUUCCAAAUUCCCUCUCAGUCAUCUGUUCCUGGAAAAGUAUUCUCGUGUGAUUGGCACUUGUAAUGGACUGGUAUGUCUGGGUGACUAUAAAGCGAUAGAUGGUGCUAAUCAGAUUAUUUGGAACCCAUCUAUCCGAAAAUAUGUGGUGCUUCCCAAGCCCGGAGUAAUCUUAAGCAACAGGGAAGAGAGGCAUCAUAGAGUAUUUUUUGGGUUCGGAUUUGAUUCUAGGAACGAUGAUUUCAAGGUUGUAAGGCUUUUGAGCUCCAAACGCCAAGAUAAUCCAGAAGUUGAGGUUUAUUCUCUUUCUACUAAUUGCUGGAGAAGCAUCAAUACUAGAGUUCCUCCGUUUCUCAUUUCUACAAAUGUAUGGAAGACAUCCCAGAUGUUUGUGAAUGGUGUAAUACACUGGGUUGUCAACUGUAGAACUAAUGGUGGGAUACGUAAUUGCAUUUUGACAUUUAACUUGGCCGAAGACACAUUUGGUGAAUUGAUGUUGCCGAAACUUUUGGAAGAGUCACCUUUCAUGGUAUCAAUUUUGGCAGGAAGUGAUUCCCUUGCUGUGGUUCUAAGGCAAGACUCUGCGGAAUUUGAUGGAACUUUUUUCAGUAUCUGGGUGAUGAAAGAAUAUGGUGUUAUGGAAUCAUGGACUGAAGCGUAUCAUUUUGAUUCAAGUCGGUUUGAGGGCAUAUCUAGAGUAUUAGCCCUCAGCAGUAGUGGGGAGGUGGUACUUCAAUCUUGGAGUGAUGCGAUAGUUUUGUUGGAUCCCAAGAGAGAACCAACGAAGCAUUUGGGACUUGGUGGAUUUUUCAAUGCUUUUGUUGGAUGUCAUUUCGAUAGCCUGUAUCUUAUAAAUAAAGAAAACGGUGUCCUGUCUUACUGA